GCCUCCGAUAGUACCUACAAAAAGACGCUGAUGCAAUGCCUUCUAUUCUCUUCAAAUGACUGUCCAAUACGAGUUCUCCACGCUUAGUGAUUUUUUUUAAAGACGUCAAUUCCCAUGCACCACCAGGAGUUGGACGUCACCAGGAAGUACCCGUAGUCAGAAAUAUUUGGUUGAGUUUUGUUGUUGUUGUCCAGCAAAGCGGUUCCAUUCAUGGCGCUUGCUGGUGUGCGUGUCAUCGAACUUGCGGGCCUGGCCCCAGCGCCCUUUUGCGGCAUGAUUCUGGCUGACUUUGGCGCCAAGGUGAUCCGAGUGGACCGGACCAAGGUUGCAAUGGCAAUGGACACGCAGGCUCGAGGCAAGCGCUCGGUGGCGAUCAACCUGAAGAGCCCAGAGGGAGUAGCUGUGCUGAAAAGACUCUGCAUUCAAUCAGAUGUCCUCCUUGAGCCCUUCCGCAAAGGAGUUAUGGAGAAGCUGGGCCUGGGUCCAGAGGAGCUACUGAAGGAGAACCCUCGUCUGAUCUACGCACGCCUCACUGGCUACGGCCAGAGUGGAGCCUAUGCCAAGGCUGCUGGUCACGACAUCAACUACCUCGCCAUGUCAGGCUUGUUGUCCAUGCUGGGCCGGAGCCACGAGAAGCCCUACGCUCCUCUGAACCUGUUGGCUGACUUUGCAGGCGGGGGUCUGACCUGUGCCCUCGGGGUGGUCCUGGCCCUGCUGGAGAGGACCAGGUCGGGAAUAGGGCAGGUCGUUGACACCAGCAUGGUAGAAGGAGCUGCCUAUGUCGGCUCGUUUGUGUGGAAAUCUCGUAGUAUUGGCAUGUGGAACAACUCGCGUGGGGAGAACAUGCUGGACAGUGGAGCUCCAUUCUAUGACACAUACCAGACCUCUGAUGGGAAAUACAUGGCUGUCGGGGCUAUUGAGACACAGUUCUAUAACCAGCUCAUCCAUGGCCUGGGAUUAGAUGCUGCCAACCUUCCUCCCCAGAUGAGCUUCUCUGAUUGGCCAGUGGUGAGGCAGAUCUUCACUAAGCAGUUUGCGACUAAGACACAGGAGGAGUGGGGUCACGUGUUCGACGGAAAGGACGCCUGUGUGACUCCCGUACUCUCUCUGGACGAAGUGAUCUCCCACCCCCAUAACCAGGAGAGGGCCUCCUUCCACAGGGACGCCCAGGGGGAGGUGACUCCGAGCCCCGCACCUGUCCUGUCCCGUACCCCUGCUGACCCCUGCCUGGCCCAGGACCCCCUUAUAGGGGAACACACACGCCCCGUUCUAGAGGAGUUUGGCUUCAAACUAGCAGAGGUAGACCAGUUGCUCUCAGCUGGUAUUAUUGAGUGUAACGUAGCCAAAGCACGGUUGUAGCCAGGCCUUUCUUCUUCUCCUGCCUCUCUCCUCUUCCCUCCGUCCCUUUGUCCUUCUUUAAGAAAAACACCCCGGCUCUCCAAUGUACACUUUAAUGUUUAUAAGUUGGACGACCAUCUUUGAUACAUGGUGUGCCAUGCUGGAUGGAUUAGCUAUUCAAUCAUUAAGUACUUGGAGCCCUUGGAUAAAUCACACUGCAAAUGCAAUUCAUUCAUUUAAUUGUUAUUAUUAUAUGUAACUUACAGGUGUUUGUAGUAAUGGCUUCCCUCUAACAUGCAAUAAUUGCUUCAGUAGAACGUCUUCCACCUACUGCAAGCCCUGUCGCCUUUGUAAGUGUUUGGACUGUAAGCACUUAAUUGUAAUUGAUGUAAUUAUGUUGAUAGCUAGAUAGCAAUGACAAUAUGUCAGUCAUUACUAGAGUGAGGUAGAGCAAAAGGAGGCGGAGAGAAUGAUGACCCUUGACUGUAAGUACUCUUUCAUAUCAGUUAUUAUCUGUAUCCAAGGGUUUGUGAUGUUUUUUUACAUGAUCAAAUCAAAUGUUAUUGGUCACAUUCGCCGAAUACAGCAGGUGUAGACUUUACAAUGGAAUGCUUACUUACGAUCCCAUUCCCAACAAUGCAAAGUUAAAAAGUAAGACAAAUAUUUUCUAAAUAAAGAAAUAGUAACACAAUCAAAAAACAACGAGGCUAUAUUACAAGGAGUGCCAGGACCGAAUACAUUAACGUGUCAUAAUGUGCCUCUGAAUAGUCUUUGUAAUUCUAUAAAUAUGGUGAGAUUAUUCUCAGCUAUUGACUGAAGUGCCUGUAUUUUAUCUUGAAUGUUUUCAAAGAUGGAUGGGCACCCCAUUAAUAAUAUUUCUUGACAAUUUGUAUUAAAAUGCUUCAAUUAAA